CGAGUGCCUCGCAGUGUCCGCACCAGGCUGCCCGGAGCCAUCGCCGUGCGCGUCGUCGCCCGCCUCGCGAAUAACGAAAGAUCUUGGAAGAGUCGGAGAAGAUAAAGUAUAUUCGGUAUCUAGAUCAGGAGAUUGACAGACCAGGAAAUGCAUAAUUUUGAGGACGAGUUAACGUGUCCCAUUUGUUAUAGUAUCUUUGAAGAUCCCCGUGUACUACCAUGCUCUCAUACAUUUUGUAGAAACUGUUUGGAAAAUGUUCUUCAGGCAUCUGGUAACUUUUACAUAUGGAGACCCCUGCGAAUUCCACUCAAGUGUCCUAACUGUAGAAGUAUUAUUGAGAUUGCGUCCACUGGCAUAGAAUCCUUACCUGUAAACUUUGCAUUAAGAGCAAUUAUUGAAAAGUACCAGCAAGAAGACCACCCAGAUGUUGUCACCUGCCCUGAACAUUACAGGCAACCAUUAAAUGUUUAUUGUCUACUAGAUAAAAAAUUAGUUUGUGGCCAUUGUCUUACUAUAGGCCAACAUCAUGGCCAUCCUAUAGAUGACCUUCAAAGUGCCUAUCUGAAAGAAAAGGAUACACCUCAGAAGUUGUUUAAACAAUUAACCGACACACACUGGACAGAUAUCACUCGCCUUAUUGAAAAGCUUGAAGAACAGAAAUGUCAUUCUGAGAAAAUAGUUCAAGGAGAUAAGGAAGUUGUUCUCCAGUAUUUUAAGGAGCUUAGUGAUACAUUAGAACAGAAAAAAAAAUAUUUUUUGGCAGCUCUCUGUGAUGUUGGCAAGAUGAUCAAUAAAGAAUACACUCCACAGAUUGAAAGAAUGAAGGAGAUAAAGGAACAACAACUUGAGUUAAUGACAGUGACAACAUCUUUACAAGAUGAGUCUCCACUUAAAUUUCUUGAAAAAAUUGAUGAUGUCCGCCAACGUGUGCAGAUGUUGAAACAGAGACCACUUCCUGAGGUCCAGCCUGUUGAAAUUUAUCCUCGAGUAAGCAAUGUAUUAAAAGAAGAGUGGAGCAGAACAGAAAUUGGACGUCUUAAGAAAGCUGUCAUUCCUGAAAUGAGAAUUUCUUCAAAAAGAAUGCCAUGUUCCUGGCCUGAUAAGGAUGAAAAAGAAAUGGAGUUUUUUAAAAUUUUAAACAUUACUAUAGUUUCACUCAUUUCAGUGAUACUAAUGUUGAUACUCUUUUUCAACCAUCACAUAAUAACCUUCUUAAAUGAAAUCACUUCAAUAUGUUUCUUUGAAGUCUUUUUCUCUCUUUACCAAAGUUUAUCUAAGAACUUGUAUGAUUUAAAAAAUACAAUAUGCUACACUUUAUAUUUGUUAAAGGAGUUUAUAUGCAAAAUAGUUUCUGGUUGAAAACCUACAUUAACAGCUUUAUGUGGGCUUAUUCUGUAUAGCAGAGGCUAACUAUUGAUUGCUAGAUGGUCCAUAAGUAGCAAAUAAACUUUAUAUCUGUUAUAACAGAUAUACAGGAAUAUGAUAAACUACUUCCCAUGGAUGGGUAGGAAGUGCUGUCAGAAAUGAGACAUCUGAAAGAUGACUAAAAUCAAAUUUGAAAAUGGCAAAUUUUAGUUUGAAUAUUAAUCUUACCCUGUUUUUAUUGGCUUUCUAGUAAAUCUUUAUUUUAUUUUAAAUUAACGAUGCUACAGUGGUUAACUUGCAGUUCUUUGUAUAUGUAGAUAGAUCUUUAAAAACUGACAAGAUCCUUAAGGUCCACAAGCCUAUUGUGAUAUGAUCUGAAGCUUUUCAAUGUAUAGAUGGAGAUUAUAUAUAAGUUGUUUUAAAAAUCCAAGCCAGGAUUGUUUAAACAUCUUUUUUGGUCAAGCCCAAUAGAUGUAAGAGUAUUCAUCCCAAGUAGCACUGCUUGCUGCUUUUGGAUAAAUCAACUGUGUCUAGCAUACUGAGUUUAAUUCAGCCUUGGUAUCAGUAAGGUCUCAAAAACCAACCAACCAAAAAAGUUCUAGUGCUAGAGACCCCUGCCUGAUCUGCUGGCUCCAGCAUUACAAAGCAAACCAAGUACAUAUUUUGAUUUUGUGGUGUUUUAGUCUUGAUUUUAGAUGAAAACUGUAUGAAACAUGUAUAUUGAGACAAUCAUGUUGGUGUGAUUCAUUUAAUAGAUUUGGUAUCAUGUAAACUAUAUUCAUCUUAAAAUGGUCUCCCCUUGUAGCUUAAGCACUGGGAUUGUAAGUAUGAGCUGCUGCUGUACCUGUUUAGUUUUAAAAGGUCAUUAAGUCAGAACUUUUAAUUUUGCUCCCUUGACAUGGACUACCAUGAUACAUGUGGUAGAACUAUGGUUCACUGCCAAUGAAAUCUGAAACACAAUGUUUUCUAGAAACCCCAAAUGAGGUGAAUUACCACCUCUGGGGACUUUAUUUCAAAUAAAAGUUAUAUUUAAGAACAAUGCUGACAAGUUUUAAUUCCACUUAUCUAGCACAGUUACUAUAUACUGAGACCAUUUUGAAGAUGUAAUUAAUGGAGGUGAAGGGAAAUGUUCAGUUUUUAACAGACACAUAUGCCAUAUUAUGAGUGCUGUUUUUUAAAAUUUCAUUUUUUUUGAGAAUAGGUUUCUCUGUAUAGCCUUGGCUGUCCUGGAACUCACUCUGUAGAUCAGGCUGGCUGGGAACUCAGAAAUCUACCUGCCUCUGCCUCCCAAGUGCUAGGAUUAAAGCAUGAACCACCACUGCCCAGCUUUUUUCUAAUGUAAAUAUUAACAGUCGAAGAACAAUUAGCCUAAUACAUUUUUCAAGGGUUACUAAUUUUGUAUAGAUGAGGAAACAAAGUAGUGAAGUGCCAGUGUUAGGUGGGAGAGCUCACUUUUUUAUGCUUAAAAAAAACUGGAGUAGGCUGAUGUAAUUAACUGAAACUUUAUUUCAAUCUAAGAAAGCAUAUGCUUGACAAUUUUGAGUAUACAACAUUUUUGUGUUGAUACACUUACUGCUUUAUAUUUUUACUAGGAGGUUGAAUUUGUACAACUUGAAAGAACAUACAUUUGGAAAUUCUGGGUUUUAUGUGUAACAGUAUAUUUUAAUAAACUUGGUAUUUUAUUGAA